AUGUGCACUGUAUGCUCCCGAACAGCCAAUGUCACAGCUGACUUGUUGGGUGCUGAGAGAUGCAAAACAAAGUCCAUCUUAAAUCAUAAACGUCCUCAUUUGAAUACUUCAGCAUCAGAUGGUGCAUCCGUUUCGACCUCGAGCAGCAGUAUCAAGCAACCAAUCAAGAAACGCCCAUGUGUCCAAGACACUAUGACGGAGAGUAUCCUGGACAAUCAUGUCAACACAACACCUACUGGCACUCGUAAAUCCCCAUCUGGGGAAGCUGAUCAAAGUCAGCAUGAUGAAACAUCUAACACCGAAUCAACAACACUAACGAAUAGUGUGUUUCCCGUAGGCUCACUCAGUCCACCUUCAGAAAUAUACGAUGCCUCCUUAGCGAUUAAAAAUGCCGUAAACCACAAUGAUUUGGCAGAUUACGAUGCUACUUGUCGAGAUUCUUCUAUGCAAGACCAACCACAAUUGCCAAAAAAGCUGAGUCCGUAAGUUUAUAUUGCACGAAGCAUUUUUCUUUGGUUAAAUAGGAUGUCUGAAUUGUAAAAGUUUGAGGUUUGAGAAUCAAACAAGAUAUGGCUAUUGCGAUUACUAGUUUGUAAGGUAGUGCAGAUGUAUAUAUAGUUGUUCCCAACUGAGACUUCAGGAAAUCUGCACUCAUCGAGGACAAUCUAGAAUCUGUGUUCAGCGGACAAUGUAUGUAGACGAAAAAAACAUUUAGUCAUCAACACUUAUACAACUAAUCCUACCUUCUAACAACAUGGAUUGUAGUUGUAUAUCUUGAUUUAUUGCACCAUACGAUUUUGAAUGAAUGUUGUUUGUUUGCCUGAAUACGUGUAUUUAAUUGGGAGGUAAUGAUGUUUGGAAAGUGUUUGAUUUAAUUGUCGUUAUGAAAUUUCACAUUGAAAGGAAUAAUUAAAUUUCAGGGAAUGCCAAAGGAAGAACGUGAAAUUAUAUGAAUACAUUAAUUGGCUAUUUGGAUGUAACCAAUGUUAUUUGUCUAAUACUUUGUGUUGGUGCUGACUGAAUUCUCUCAGUCGGGUUUGCAGUAUGGUCACCAAGCUGGGUGACCUGCAAUUACCUUGCACUUCUAGUUGAUAUCAGUUGACUUGUGUCGCUGAACUGUGUGCCUUUCUUGUGCGAGGUGUAUUUUCUACCAAAAUGUUAUGUAAGGAAAUUUUCGUGAUAAUUUCAAAAAAAACUUUUAUUCGUGUUUCGCCUACUAGAUUCGUCUCUGCGUGUAAGAUUACGGUAUUUUGGCUACACCAUUGAAACGAAUUACAACAGUUUCCAACCUACACUCCUAAAUCCAUAAAUCCCUAUUCUCUGUGUAAAUACGUUUGUGAAAAUAUUUCAUAUAUAUUUUACUCGGGUGUAGUUACAUUUCAUUGAAACAAUUUUCCCAAAAUUUCGAAAAAAAUUUAAACCCUUUAUUAAAAUGGGUUCCUGUUCGUUCCUAGGCACCAGCUUUUAUACA